AUGUCUGGAUACCCAGCCUACAACGGCGGCGGCUAUGCCGCACCACCGCAGCAGCAAUACCAGCAGCAGGGUGGCUACUAUCCGCCUCAGCAGCCCACUUACAACGGCGGCUAUCCGCCCCAAGGGCACCAACCGUCUCCCCAGCCCGGCUACGGUUACCACGCUCCUCCCCAACAGCAGUACUCAUACCAGCAACCUCAUCCUCAGCAGCACGCCCCUCCCCAGCAGCAAUACAACUACGCCCAGCAACCGCAGCCCAACUACAACGGACGUCCUGGCAUGCCUGCCCCCGGUCCUGCUGCCCCAAACGGCUACAGCCAAGGACGCCCUAGCGGAAAUCCUCCGGCCCCUCCGAAUGGGCCACAGAGCUUUGGUCACGGCGCACCAGGCUAUGCUUUCCGAUACUCCAACUGCACUGGCCGCAGAAAGGCGCUGCUGAUUGGUAUCAACUACUUUGGUCAGCGUGGCCAGCUGCGAGGCUGCAUCAACGAUGUCAGAAACAUGACAGCCUACUUGGUGGAACAGUUUGGCUACAAGAGAGAAGACAUGGUUAUUCUGACUGACGAUCAACAAAACCCCAUGAGCCAGCCUACAAAGCAAAACAUCCUCCGUGCAAUGCACUGGCUGGUCAAGGAUGCCAGGCCCAAUGACUCUCUCUUCUUCCACUAUUCCGGCCACGGUGGGCAAACAAAGGACCUUGACGGCGAUGAGCCUGAUGGAUAUGACGAAGUCAUUUACCCAGUUGACUUCAGGCAACAUGGACACAUCACAGAUGACGAGAUGCACCGCAUCAUGGUCACCCCCCUGCAGGCAGGUGUAAGGCUGACAGCCAUCUUCGAUUCGUGCCAUUCCGGCACAGCACUCGACCUGCCAUACAUCUAUUCUACACAAGGUAUCCUCAAGGAGCCCAACUUGGCCAAGGAGGCCGGCCAGGGCUUGCUCGGCGUCAUUUCCUCGUACAGCCAGGGAGAUCUCGGCGGUGUUGCCAACAAUAUCAUCGGAUUCUUCAAGAAGGCCACCACUGGCGAAGAAGCCCACAACCGGGCCCUCGCAACCAAGACUUCUCCUGCCGACGUCAUCAUGUGGUCGGGAAGCAAAGACGACCAAACCUCUGCCGAUGCUACCAUUGCUUCACAAGCCACUGGUGCCAUGUCCUGGGCGUUUGUCACGGCUCUCAGGAAGAACCCCCAGCAGAGCUACGUCCAGCUGCUCAACAGCAUCCGAGACGAGCUCGCUACAAAAUACACACAAAAGCCGCAGCUCUCCUGUAGCCACCCUCUUAAUACCAAUCUCUUAUUUGUCAUGUGA